CCUUUCUCAGUUCUUUCCUCCAAGAUCAGUUCAGCCUGCAUGAGCUCCUCCAGCUCAGAUGGAGGGAGAAGCAUAAAGUCAGACAUAAAACCAACAAUUUAAUCAUCAUUCUGGAGAAACCUGGCAAAUCUCACCUAACGGCUGCUCCAAAAAGUAAAGAGAAGCUUUCAGAUACGUAUAUAACUAAUCAUUCAAAAGCAAUAAAAUGUCUGGGUACAGCAGCGGGCUCAAAAUGCUGUAUACUCUAGGACUUCUCCUCCUUCUCACCCCAUUUCCCUCUUUUCAAACCACAACCAAUCUGAAGAGAGAUGCCAGAGGAAGCAAUGUGACCAAGACUAAUAGUGUUCUCACUCUUUUAAAACCAAAAACCACUUCCAAACAGAUUGUGCACCCCACCCUUAAGCCAAACACAGUCAAUACGACAGUUUUACCAACUUCAGCCCCCAACCAAAAACCUACAACAGCCAGCCCUACUAAGACCACCAAACCCAGGCUCAGCAUUGCAGUAAAUCAAACCACUCCAACAGCUACUCCAAAGUCUACUACAACUAUCCCCAUUGUUGUGAACAAAGACAAACACAAAGUCAACCAGACUGCUUCCAAAGACAACCCUGCACCCACUGCAGCUCCAAAGGUUCAAUCAACAUCCACAAAGGCUCCUUCAACCAGUAAAAUUACAAAAAUCAAACCUCAAAGUUCUGCCAAUCCCAGUACUUUGCCAAAAUCUUCUUCAGCCAUCGGGGGGAGUGCCAUAAAAGACAAGUCUGAUCAAAAUGCUCAGCCAACUUCCGUGAAGACUGUUUCUAUCAUUAACAGUAAAACUGUCAAAAACAAGCUCACUGCCUCUGUAAAUCCAACCGUUGAUGCCGAUCACCGUCCCAGCAAGGACGAAACCUCCAAAGACAAGCCCGCUUCAACAAAUCUUCACAAUGUUCCCUCAACACCAGCAAAACAUGACAAAGCUGGUGGUUCAACGGCAGAGAAAAAUAAAACUACAGCCUCUGCAAAUCAUACUUCAUCACUCAGCGCCAUCGCUAAAGAAAAGCUUGCCCCUUCACAGCCAAUUAAAGUGGUCAUCAGUGACGGCUGUGAAUCAAACAAUGCAAAGGAACAGGAGCUGACGCUGAAGCCGGGUGCGCCUUUGUUGAUGACUCAUAAAAUCAGCCUACUGCCUGGUGCCUGUACAGGAGAAUGUGAAGCUGAGAUGGCCGACCUGAAAGGACGUGUGGCCAUAUUGGAAAAAGCAAUGUCCUUUCUAUUAGAGCAAUGUCCAUGUUCUGCAAAUUGCCCAAACGACUGUAGUGGCAACGGAAAAUGUGAAAAGGGGAAAUGUAUCUGCCAUCAAGGAUUUAUGGGUCCAGACUGCAGUAAGUGUACACAAGGUGCCAAGUGUAGUAAAGAAGGUAACAAGAAUGCAAAAGUAGCAGAGAAGAACAUGGCCACGCAGACAAAGAAAAUCAUCCCUAAAGAGGAAGACAAAGGGCAGAAGGAAGGCUCUGAUGACAAAGCCACUGGCACUAAAGUAGCAUCUAAUGUGAAAGAAAGACAAGUAAAACUGCAAGAAAAUGAAAAAACCUUGGACAAAAAAUUUAUUGGAAAUAUUUCUCCAAGAAAUGAUGGAAGCAAGCAAGAGGCCCGCAAAGGAAAAACAGAAACCAAAGAUGUUUCUCCAAUAAACAACCCAAAGCCUGAAAAGAAAAAAACUGACAGUAAACCAUACCUUCAUUUUGAUAAUUUAAAAGACGACCCUCAAUCUAAUGCAACACAGAGUAAUAAGAGGAAAACAAAUGGCACAACUAAAAUUGAAACCAGCAAUUCUCAAACCACAGGACCAAAGAAAAACAAAAAAGAAAACGACAUUACCGGGAAGUCCACACUGGCAGAGAAGGAUAGCACUCAAUCAUUUGAGAAAAAACUAACCAGCACAGAUAAAACAGAAAAUAAAAACGAACAAUCUACUGAAAAUCGUAAAACUCCAGGUGGGGUUGAAACAGAGAAGACUGUACAAAAAAGUCAACAUGUUAAAAAUACAACUAAAACAACCGAGAAGCUUAAUAUCCUCACAAACAAAACAGAUAUUCAGAGCACAAGCGCCAAAACAGCUGGAGGUUUAGGGUCAAUGAAGGUGGUUAACGUUUCCUCUCACAACUUUACGGUCACAUGGCUAGCACCUCAAGGGAUGUUCAAGAACUUCACUGUGAUCAGAAAAGAGACACUGACAGAGAGCGAACACAAGGAGCAGCUUGAAGUGGAAGCUGCAGCCUGGAAUUCAACUGAGGUGCAAAGUGAAAACACAAAUUUAACAAUCUCUUCUAGUAAAACUGCUGGACUCAAAGAUAAAACAGAAACCAAGAGGAUCUCUGUGGUGGUGCCUGGCAAUGUACGCUCUGUGGAGUUCAGUAAUCUCAGAGCAGACACACGCUAUGCUCUGCAAAUUUAUGGAACUACAGCUGACAGAAGAUCCAAGAUUCACAGAAUAACGGCAAUUACUGGUCCUGAACCACCCACAGAACUUGUUUUCAGCAAUGUAACCGAGUAUUCUCUUGAAGUUUCCUGGACCAAACCAAAGACAGUUUUUACAGGAUUCAGAGUAACAUACAUCAACAAGGCAACAGGGAAGAGUCGCUUUGUGACGGUGAGCUCCAAGCAGUCACAUGUUAUCCUGUCCGAAUUGUCUGCUGGGUCGUCCUACAUUAUCAGUGUUGCCACGAUUAAAGGCAGGGCUCAGAGUGUUGAACCCACAUCUGUUAUCACCACAGUGCCUGCCCCUCCAACACAUCUUCAAGUCAACAAUGUAACUGACACCAGAGCUGUGCUGCAGUGGACGCCCAGCCUGGGAAAAGUUGACAGUUUCAUCAUUAACUACGAGUCCUCCAAAACUCCCAAUGUGACAGUAACAGUGAUGUUGUCAGGAAACUCAGUUCAGUACCAACUUAAAGGCCUGCAGAGAGGCACGCUGUACAAAGUCAAAGUGCUGAGCCAAAAGGACAGCCUCAAGAGUGUGGCGAUCUCAACUACUUUUACUACUGCAAAUGUGGUUAGAGCCAGUGAGGUCGGUGCUCGCUCCGCAGUGAUCACCUGGAGAACUCCAGUCGUUUAUCACAGCUACAGGGUGAUCUAUCAGGUGGCGGGAGAGGAGGCGAAGGAGGUGAUCCUGGAGCCCACCUUCACGGAGUAUAAACUGACAGGCCUGAUACCUUUGUCACGCUACACUGUUCUGGUACAAGGCAGGAAAAAUGAACAGUACACAUCUCUUGUCACCUCACAAUUCAUCACCGGGAAAUUGCGUUUCCCUUUCCCUACUGAGUGUUCCCAGGAGCUGCUGAAUGGAGCCCUGGAGUCGGGGGAGGUGGACAUCUACCCACAAGGACGAGAGGGACAAGCAGUGAGAGUCUACUGUGACAUGGAGACUGAUGGAGGCGGCUGGACGGUGUUCCAGAGAAGAACAAAUGGAAAAACCGACUUCUACAGAACCUGGAGUGACUACAAGGCUGGCUUUGGAAACCUGAGUGAAGAAUUCUGGCUUGGCAAUGAGCUCCUGCACAACCUGACCAGUAUGGGCCCUGUGAGCUUGAGAGUGGACAUGCGAUCUGGAAAUGACACAGUUUAUGCUCACUACACCAACUUCUCAGUCGCUUCAGAGGAGAAGAACUACAUUCUUACAGUGUCUGGAUACACAGGAACAGCAGGUGACUCAAUGAAAUACCACAACGGGCGUCCAUUCUCAACCAGAGACAAGGAGCCGGACUCUCUGGGCAUCCACUGUGCCAAGGCCUACAUCGGAGGCUGGUGGUACAAAAACUGCUACAAGGUCAACCUCAAUGGGCUUUAUGACACCAGCAGUAACAAUCAGGGGAUAGUUUGGAUAGACUGGAAAGGUAAAGACUUUUCCAUUCCCUUCACUGAGAUGAAGUUCAGACCCUCCAGGUUCUCCCCUGCAACUCAUGGCUAAAGAUCACUCUCCACAAAGUCAGAAAUCCAGAUGACAGCAAAAGUCACAGCAGCUGGACGUCUCCUUGCAACUAAAACUUCAUGGAGUGGUUUCAAAAGCUACAACU